CCCAUGGAGGCCAGCAAUCAUACCCAGGUGGCCGAAUUCAUCUUUCUUGGUUUCUCAGGUGUUCCACGUGGCCAGAUCUACCUCUUCGUGGUGUUCCUAGCCAUUUACCUGGUGACCCUAAUUGGCAAUGCCACCAUCUUUACCCUGAUCCAGGUGGACCCACGUCUUCACAGCCCCAUGUACUUUUUCCUCAGCCAUUUGUCCUGCUUAGAUGUUUGUUACUUAUCUGUCACGGUCCCUAAGAUCCUGAUCAAUUUCUCACACCAGAGAAACACCAUUUCGUACAACCAGUGCAUGGCUCAAAUGUUCUUCUUGAUGACAUUCGCAGGAUCCGAAUGCGCCCUUUUGGCCAUUAUGGCUUUUGACCGCUACGCUGCCAUUUGUCAGCCGUUGCAUUACAAUACACUGAUGAGCAGCCAGGUGCGUGUUCCUCUGGCUGUUGCUUGUUGGAUCUGGGGCUUCCUUGAUUCAUCCCUCCACACAACCCUGGCCACCAAUUUGGACUUCUGUGGGGCCAACCACAUCGACCACAUCUUCUGUGACGUUCCACCCCUCCUGAAAAUCGCCUGCAGCGACACCUACAUCAAUGAGCUCAGUCUCCACUUGGCCAGCAUCUUCAUGGGCUUGAGCCCUUUCCUCUUUAUUCUCUUUUCUUACAUGUAUAUCAUCUCUGCCAUCCUGAAAAUCCAUUCUAAUACCGGCAGGAGCAAAGCCUUCUCCACCUGCACUGCCCACUUGGUUGUGGUCACUAUCUACUUUGGCAUGGCCAAUGUGAACUACAAUCGUCCCAGUGUGGGCUACUCCUUAGGGGUGGAUACCUUAAUCUCCACCCUCUAUUGUAUCCUCACCCCUAUGUUGAACCCCUUAAUCUACAGCCUCCGUAACAAGGAGGUUAAGGAAGCCCUGCAGAAGCUUCUGAGUGGCCUGAAGACCGAUUACACCUCUAACCCUUCAAAAUGA